AUGGACAAUAACAAGAAUUAUAUAACUGAGCGGUCCGACCAGCAAAGAUUGUGUGUGAAGUGCUCGAAUGAGUCAUGUGCAUGGAAAGUCCGAGCAUUCUCGCAACGGAAGCUUAACGGGUUAUGGGCCGUCACAGUAUACGGCGGUCCUCACACUUGUCCAUCAAUUGGGGUGAACAAAGAUGGCAGAAUGAUGGAUUCCAAUUUUCUUGCCAAAGAACUUCAUACAUAUGUACUUGCAGAUCACACUAGCAAAACAAAGGAUCUCCAAAAUCUGAUGAAGGAAAGGUUUAAGCACUAUAUAUCGUACUACAAGAUAUGGGAUGCGAAACAAAAGGCUAUUGUAAACAUAAGGGGGAAUUGGGAAGAGUCAUAUCAAAAGUUGCAGAAGUUGUUGUUGGCAUAUAAGGAUAGCGAUCUGGGUACACAAGUGUCUUUUCAGUCGAUCAACGGGAACAUACCAGGUACUAUUAUAUUCAAGUAUGUGUUCUGGGCUUUCGCACCUUCCAUUGCUAGAUUUGCACAUUGUAGGCCAGUAAUUAGUAUUGACGGAACUCAUCUUUAUGAAAAAUAUAAAGGAAAGUUGUUGAUUGCAAUGGCUACUGAUGCUAAUAAUGAGAUUUUUCUGCUUGCCUUUGCAGUUGUGGAUGAUGAAAUGGGGGCCAGUUGGGGAUGGUUUUUAUCUUGCCUAUGGACCACGAUACGGGAUGUGGUACCUGAUUCUAGCAUUUGCAUAAUAUCAGACCGACAUAAAGGUAUAAUAUCAUCCAUUAGAGAGUGGCCCAAUGAUUAUGUUCCAGUAUAUCAUAGAUAUUGCAUUAGACAUGUGGUCAGCAACUUCAACACUCAAUUUAAUGACAAAUUCUUAAAGUCUUUGGCCUUGAAAGCAAGAUACGAGCAUACAUAA